UAUUACACAGUGAGUGCCAUCGAUUGUUAUGUAUGUACUUCUAUCAAUGGUGGCAACCAAGACUGUGAAGAUCGGUUCACCAGUUCGAUGGCAACAGUGAAAAUGAUACAAAGAGAAUGUAACUACGGCCUCUUCAGAGCUAGCCACUGCACCAAGUUGAAAGGAAAAAGAGAGGAUGGUUCAACCAUUGUGGUCCGGAAUUGUGCUAAAACUGACUGGGGUAGACACUGUGGAGCCAUUUGGUAUGUCAAAGACGAAUCAAAGGAUCCCGAACGACUGUAUGGCUGUCUGGUUUCCUGCGAUACUGACGGAUGUAAUACUGCGAGCCGGCAUCCAGUGGCUAGAAUUCUUAUGGCGUUUGCACUUCUAAUCGCUCUUGUCGUCGCAGUAUCCUAGGACACAGAUAAAUACACACAAACAUAUGUGUUAUAUAUAUAUCUAUCUAUAUCUUUAUCGAUGUAUAUAUAUAUGUGUGUGUAUGUAUGUGUGUGUAUGUAUGUGUGUGUAUGUAUG